UGGAACGGUGCUUGUAUAAACAUCAUCUCGUCAAUUGAACCCAAGGGCGAUAAAAACAAAAAUCCUGCAACACAAAAAGGAACAUAAGUAGUCUAAUUAUGUACGAAAAUAAAAAUUCCGUGCUGUAUAUAAACUGGCACACAGUAAUAUCAAUAUGCCCACUGAAAAAGCUGUAUGGAUUCAUUAAUGAUUAACGAUUACCAGCAAUUGUUUAUUGUAUUCUUACACUUACAGCGUUAUUAGUAAAAGUUAAAACAUAAUUUCUUUUUUGCUAGUGAUGCACUUUUGACUUUAGGCAAAAACUUAUACAGGAGCAUAUGACUUAUUAUAUUGUGUGACUAUGAACUGACAUAAAAACAGUCAACAAUGAUAAAUAUUUUCACUAGAGCAACAUUAUUGCAUUGGCAAUCCACCAAACAUGCAUCUAAGCCACUGCAGUCUGUGGUGGCAAGAACCCUUCAUAAAGUGGAUCUAGAGUCAGUCUUCAGUGAUAACAAUAAGAUUCAUGUGCAGUCGAAGCUUGAUACAGCCAGGCCCUUGAUACGACCCCUUGCAAACCCAAAGGGUCCCAAAUCUGAGGCAGCGGUCCUAGUUCCCAUGUGUUACAUCGGUCAGGAACCUUCCAUAUUGUUCAUGAUGAGGUCUCGUGAUCUGAACUCACAUAGCGGGGAAAUAUGUUUUCCAGGGGGAAUGAAGGACUCUACCGAUAGAGAUCUCGUGCAUACAGCCCUGCGUGAGACGCAUGAGGAGAUUGGUCUAUCAGAAGAACAUGUGGACGUCUGGGGAAGGCUUCCACCCUCACGGGCUAGAGCAGGUAGCCAGGUGACACCGGUGUUGGGAUUCUGUGGAAACUACGAAGAUAAACCAUGGAAGAUCAACGAUAAAGAGGUCCAAGAAAUAUUUACCAGGUCAAUAGCGUCGCUCUGUGACAGUGACAACAUCAGGACGACUCAGUUCCGUUAUGAAAACACUGGCUACACAAUGCCCGUAUUCUUUGGAUCAAGUGCUAAACAUAGAGUCUGGGGUCUGACUGCAGUGAUUCUACACCAAGUGCUUUCAACAAUCGCACCAGGGAUUUAUAACUUCAAAGUUAAACAUAAACGCUAAGAAGACAAAACAGAGAUUUAUCAAAUAGAGUGCCUGUGCUCUAUUGUUUAUAAGUCAAACAUAAAUGUUAAAAAAAUAUUUAUUGCUGUUAAAUUAUUACCGAUAAAUAAAGGAAUAUGACACUU